AUGUCCGCAUCAACUUCAGAUCCUCCCAUAAAACGUUACCGCAGAGAGGAAGAAGAAAAAUCCGACUUUGAAGAAGACGAUGACAAGUAUGUACCAUAUGUUCCAGUAAAGGAACGCAAAAAGAAACAACUAAUGAAAUUGGGUCGCAUAGUCCAACUGUCCACCGAAGAUGCUAAACCCAAAUCAUCAAGUGAAAAUGAAAACGAUGAAGAUUCACAAAAUGCCACAGAUCCUGAAGUGUGGGGACGUAAAUAUAACAUUAGUUUAUUGGAUCAACAUACGGAGCUAAAGAAAAUUGCCGAAGCGAAAAAGAUAAGUGAUGUCGAAAAGCAACUCAAAGAAGAAGAGAAAAUUCUCGAGAGUGUCCAACAACAGAAAGCUCUCAUGGGUGUAGCUGAAUUGGCCAAGGGUAUACAGUAUGAUGAACCGAUUAAGACAAGCUGGAAACCACCACGUUAUAUUAUGGAAAUGACGGAACAGAAACGUAAUGCAAUCCGAAAACGUUUAAGGAUAUUAGUGGAAGGUGUAGAUGUUGCACCGCCAAUACGUAGCUUUAAGGAAAUGAAAUUUCCUAAGGGUAUAUUGAACGGCUUGGCGGCGAAGGGUAUUAAAAAGCCAACACCUAUCCAGGUGCAAGGAAUACCCACAGUACUUUCGGGACGAGAUUUGAUUGGUAUUGCUUUUACCGGUUCGGGUAAAACAUUGGUCUUUGUUUUGCCCAUUAUUAUGUUUGCUCUGGAGCAGGAGUAUCGUUUGCAAUUUGCACGUAAUGAAGGACCAUAUGGUUUGAUUAUUUGUCCAUCGCGUGAAUUGGCAAAACAAACUAAUGAUAUUAUUAUGCAUUAUAGUCGCCAUUUGGUUGAAUCGGGUAUGCCUGAAAUACGUUCGUGUCUAGCCAUCGGCGGUAUACCAGUUUCGGAAGCCAUCGAUAUUAUAUCAAAAGGUGUACACAUUAUGGUUGCAACUCCCGGCCGACUUAUGGAUAUGUUGGAAAAGAAAAUUGUCACGUUGGAUGUUUGUCGUUAUCUGUGCAUGGACGAAGCUGAUCGUAUGAUUGAUAUGGGUUUUGAAGAAGAUGUACGUACAAUUUUCUCAUUCUUUAAGGCACAAAGACAGACAUUACUUUUCUCAGCUACUAUGCCAAAGAAAAUUCAAAAUUUCGCCAUAUCAGCUUUGGUGAAGCCGGUAACAAUAAAUGUUGGUCGUGCUGGUGCCGCAUCAAUGAAUGUUACCCAAGAAGUGGAAUAUGUCAAACAAGAGGCUAAAGUUGUAUAUCUAUUGGAAUGUUUACAAAAAACAGCACCACCUGUAUUGAUUUUCGCCGAAAAGAAACAAGAUGUUGAUUGCAUCCAUGAAUAUUUGCUGUUGAAAGGUGUCGAAGCGGUAGCAAUUCAUGGUGGUAAAGAUCAAGAAGAACGUUCACGUGCUGUUGAUGCUUACAGAGAAGCUCAAAAAGAUGUCUUAGUUGCCACUGACGUGGCCUCCAAAGGUUUAGAUUUUCCCAAUGUUCAACAUGUCAUUAAUUUCGAUAUGCCUGAAGAUAUUGAAAAUUAUGUACAUCGUAUUGGUCGUACCGGUCGUUCAAAUACUAAAGGUUUAGCUACAACAUUUGUAAAUAAAACGACUGAUCCUUCGGUAUUAUUAGAUUUGAAACAUCUACUAAUUGAAGCUAAACAAAAUGUGCCAGAUUUUCUGUUGGAACUGUGCCCAGAAUCGGAACAAUAUUUGGAUUUGGGCGAUUCACAUGGUUGCAGUUAUUGUGGUGGUUUGGGUCAUCGUAUUACCGAUUGUCCAAAAUUGGAGGCAAUUCAAAGCAAACAGGCAUCAAAUAUUGGACGAAGAGAUUAUCUUUCGAAUACUGCGGCAGAUUAUUAGAAUUAUAUAUGUACAUUAUGUGUAUGG